AUGGAUAUAGCAGAGGGAGGCAGUUCUCCGAGAGAGACAGACGCGUCUAACUCGAUAUCUUCUGUGUCAAAUAGCAGUAUACCUUCGCCCCGAACCUCUGAUACGGAUAUUGAAUCACUUCUUGACGCGUCAAUUGAUUUUCCUUCGCGAGAGAAAUGCCUGGAAAGCCCUCCUAAUGUCCGUGAAGAUGUCUCGGAAGAGGUAAGGUCUCUACUGGUAUCAGUGCCUCCCGAGAUACUUAGAGGGAAGUAUACCAUUUUGCCUGGUGAACGACCAAAGCCCGGGCUUGAUAGAUCUCUUCCUCCGAUAUGCAAGAUUGAAGAUAUUUUUGAAGACCUCACUGCCCAGGCUCUGGAGAAUGGCUUCGAUUCUUUCCUCAAACAUAUUGGCUCCCGAGAACUACGCGUUGCGACCAUGUGCUCUGGCACUGAGUCCCCUCUCUUGGCCCUGGAAAUGAUACAAAGCAGUCUUCGACAGCUUACUGGAAAAACAUUCCGCCUCCACCAUCUAUUUAGUGCAGAGAUAGAUGCAUUUAAACAGUCCUACAUACAGAGGAAUUUUUCUCCAGAAAUUAUUUUUAGAGAUGUCAAUGAACUCGUUGCAGAAGAAGCGACUACUGCGUUUGGAUCAGUAAAAAAGGUCCCUACAGAUCCUGAUCUUCUUGUUGUUGGCUUCUCCUGUGUUGAUUUUUCUGCUCUCAACUUUUACCGAAAAACACUCGAGGAGAUGGGAGAGUCUGGACACACCUUCUAUGGAGUCAUUCGAUAUAUGCAAAGGUGCCGUCCAGCAUUGGUUGUCCUGGAGAAUGUUUGCUCUGCCCCCUGGGAGCAAAUCAAAACCAUCUUGCAAGAAAUCGAUUACAAAGGCUAUCAUAUGAAAAUUGAUUCUAAAAACUAUUACCUUCCACAGACUCGGGAAAGAGGAUAUAUGAUUUGCAUUGAUCAGAGAAGGCUGGUGACAGAACCGGUGGGGGAGGCGAAGUCAAAGAAGUUAUCCGCUUUUGCACAGUUGAUGAAGAAAUUGGAGAGACCCGCAAGCUCCCCAGUAACCCAAUUUCUCUUAUCCCACGACGAUAUCCGCCUCCAAGAUGCAGUUAACGAUAUUUCGGCUAAUUCAAACAAGGAGCGUCAAGCAGUUGAUUGGACCAGGUACAAAGCGCGUCAUCUAGGGUAUAGAAUGAGAGAAGGGCUCGGAGAUAAGCGGCCUUUGACCAAGUGGCAGGAAAAUGGCACAUGUCAGAUGCCAGAUUUCUAUUGGCAUGGAUGGAGCAGAACGCAGACGGAGCGAGUUUGGGAUACCCUUGAUGUCAACUUCCUAAGGACCGUUGCACGGGGAUAUGACAUUAACUCUAAAUCCCGCGUCAUUGACCUCUCUCAGGGACUUGAUAGAGAGUUGGACCAGAGGGCUUCCGGUGUUGCUGGAUGCCUAACACCCCGGGGGCAGCAUUUCAUUACUUCUAGAGGUGGCCCGCUUUUGGGAAUUGAAGCUCUCGCCUUGCAAGGAAUUCCAAUCGACAGACUUUUGAUUGGUAACGACGGUCAACGCGAUUUGCACGACUUGGCAGGAAAUGCAAUGACCUCAACUGUAGUGGGAGCUGCUAUCAUCACUGCAUUAACACUUGGGUAUCAAGCAUUGGCUCUUCCCACCGCUCCUUGUGACAUUGACAAUUCAAUUCUCAUUGCUCAGCAACGUUCAAUUGCGCCAAACCACACAAUGGUGCCACUAUUGGCGAACAUUGCAGACGAUAAUGGCAUCCUAACAGGGGAAUUGUACCAGCUUAGCCUCAGAACCGCACGUCUUUGCUACUGUGACGGCCAUACAGGGACAAGGUCUGAUAUUAUUUUGAUCUGUGUCGCUUGUGGUCAUACAGCAUGCUCGAAAUGUGGUAAAAAUCCCCCUCAUUGCUACAGACCGGUAGAAACGGAUGAGCUGAAGCUGCGUCUGCCACCAAUAGAGUUUGAGACACAGGUCAAAACCCGACUGCCCAUGUGCCUCCAAAUCAGUGGCUUGAGCGUCGAUAUGUUCCAGGACCUGCGAGAGUCAGAUAUGCCACCAGAUGUUAAUAAUGCUUGGGAUACGUUCAUAAACACAAUUGAACAUUCUCUCAGUGAUGUUCUUAAAUUCCAGGGGGUAAUGAGACAUAGUGGUUGGACAAUCACUUAUGAAGGCACAAAUUCGUUCCUCAAGCUUACUUGCACUUCAAUCGGACUACAAUGGCUGCUCUAUGUUAUACCCAGUAAAUCAGAACCAAGCAACUCGCCUCUUCGACAAAUGCUAAGCCGUCCCAUUGCCAAAAUGACACCAAGUGGCAGCAGCUUAUUUGAUGGGACAUGGCUAAUUGGAUCACCGAUUAGCUCACAAUUUGACCUUCUGGUUGCAGGUGGUGGUGAUCUGGUUGAUUCUUUGCCAGCCCGAUCCGGCUUGCAACACCCAAGCUUUAGAAACUUGAAAACAUGGUCUAUUCUUCAUAUUGAUGCAAAGACUGAAGAAAUGAGAAAUUUGGAGAUAGACAUCCGUGGCGCUUAUGAACUCCUGCCUGACUGUGGUGCUGCAAGCGGAAGCUUGCGGAAGCGGCUAAAUUCCUCAGGCAGCCCUGUUUAUUUAUUCUUGGAUCCAACAGAAAUUGGACCUCAUCAGUUGGAUUCUUGGGUUUUCUCACUUGAACAUGAGCGGCUUGGUUUUGGACAAGCACGCAAUACAAUAGCCGAAAUUCGGCCAAAUUGGAGCCCUUUGUAUCUCAGCCAUGAUCAAGUUACUGUUCCAUGUUGGUACCGAAAAUGGAGGGAAUCAGCGAGUGUUGCGUUGAGUGUCUACCAAAUAUCACCGCCUCCACAAUUUUCCAUUCCAGGUCCUUCAGAAGUUCUUGCGUCAUUCAGCUGCGCCUGUGACGGUUCUUAUUCCACUAUACUUCAAUGCUCAGUUCCAGCUGAUUUGUCAGAUUUAGAAGUUGUCCCUGGAAUGGUGAAGAAGGAGAAUUUAUUGGAAUCUGCGUCCAUGCUCAAAAAAUUUGGAUGGGUAUUACAGAGGGCAAUUGGUAUUACGCAGUUUGAGAACUGGGAAACAGUUCAAAUAUCCUUUCCUGAUUUCAAACUAAACUGUUCAACGUGUGCCCCUGAGAAACCUCGUCUAGCUUGGGCCCUCGAUGAAAAGGAUCGUGUAUAUGCAUAUGAGAACCCAGAAGAUGCUGCCUCCUUCGAGAGAAGCAUAAAGAGCCGCCCAGCACCGUUCUUGGGAUUUACAACUCUUGAUGAAAGCUCGAUUCUUCACCUUCAGAUUUGCCUGAAUGUUUUAAGCCUUCUCCACAGGGCAGCCGGUAACCUGGGUGUUAAAGAUAAUGUAACUUUGCAAUGGCGCCUGUGUAUAGAUACAACAGGAUUCAUCCCCCGUCGGCUCUUCAAGCUUUUGGAAAAGAAUAAUAAACUGGAUACUCCUCACACGCAGCCUCCAAAUUUUAGACGACACUAUUUACGGCCGGAACAACUACGUUCACUUCAAUGGAUGUGCAAUCAAGAGAGCGAUCAUACCCGAAUUUUUGUGGAAGAGGAAGUGGUUGAAGCUCUUUUACCAAUCAUUAACUGGAGGGCGGAAGGCAAAGCAUCAACAGAGAAGAUGGUCCUCGGAGGAAUUCUUGGAGACGAGGUUGGAUAUGGAAAAACAGCAAUAUCACUUGGGCUUAUUGACGUACAAUACGAAAAAGACGGUGCUACUAUUCCAGCGUCUGUCAAUGGCCGUAUUCCGAUCAAGGCAACUAUGGUUUUGGUUCCUGGCCACCUCUUUGACCAAUGGAAGAGAGAAAUACAUAAAUUUUUGGGGAAUACCUAUAGGAUUUUGGAAGUCAAGACGAACUCCUCGCAUGGUUCUACUACCAUCCGUGAUUUCGAGGAAGCCGACAUUGUCUUGGUAUCUACAUCGGUUUUGAAAGGAACUGCAUACUAUACUAUGAUGGAGUGUUUUGCUGCUGCUCCUGAGGUACCCAAAGGAGAAGGACGAAUAUUUGUUGAAUGGCUUCAUGAUGCCAUCGGCUCAUUAUCCGAUCAGGUAGAUCGACUUCUUACUUCCGGCGCCCUCUCAGUCUUGAAAAAUAUCGAAGAUAGAAAAGAGGAGCUUCGGCAAGGGAACGGCCUAUCUAAGUACAAGCCUUCAAAGCGAUUGAAAGGGCAAAAAUUUCAAGAACAUCUUCAGAAGAUGCGUCAAGCUGCUGGUAUCACUGACCUUCAUGAAACAGCAGGGAAGGAUACGGCAGGUGGAAAUGUCGAUUCUAUUGAUUCAGCUGUUGAACUAGGAAAACGAAAGCGAGACGCCUCCCCAGUUUGUCAAGUUAUGGAGAUACAACAGGAGUCCAAAAAACCAAAAAAGGCUGCACAAACCCGCAAGGAUGGGGGAAAUAUUUCUGUUGAAAUAUUCCAUCUCUGCCAGUCAAGCACUGACUGGAGGAAUGUUCGUUCUCCGCUGCUACAUAUGUUUGAAUUUAACAGAGUCAUAAUCGAUGAAUUCACAUAUUCAAAAGACAGAAAUUAUGCAGCUGCCCUGGCUAUCUCUUCGAGGAAGAAGUGGAUUCUGUCCGGAACUCCCCCGCUAAACAAUUUUGCUGAUGUUAAGUCUUUUUCUCCCUUCCUCGGUAUUAACUUAGGUAUCGAUGAAGAUGACGGCCGGAAAGUCGAGAACGAGAGACUGCGGACUAUUCAACGAGAGAGAACAGUUACCCGACGGAGUACUGUCUGGCAUGAGAGGAGACAUCAGGUCGCUCAGGGAUUCUUGGACCAGUUCAUGAGAAAAAACAUACCUGAUAUAGAUGAUAUUCCCUGGACCGAGCAUAUCAUUGGUGUGUCCCUAUCAGCAGCUGAGCGUGCAGUCUACCUUGAGCUCUUCAUGCAGUUAAUGUCACAGAACCUGAGGUUGAGAAAACAUGGACGCGGGCUAUACGACUCCGAAGAAAUAGCUCGUCUAGAUGAGAUCAUUGGAAAUAGCAGUAGCCCGGAAGAGGCAUUGUGCAAACGCUGCUCAUUGUUUGUCUACAACGACCCUACUUCUUCCACCGAUGCUGCAUUACUGGAGGAAACAGAUGAGAUGAAACUGGUGGAUGACAACCCUCUCAUCCAUACUAGGCGCAAACAAAUAAGCAGUCUUGCAGCAGACAUUAUGUCCAGAGUAAGAAGGGGUCUUUGGCUCCGUGGCCAACUAGACGAAGGCACAACGCAUUUUGAUAGGUUGUUGGAAAGUAUCGAGCAGGAUAGGUUUGGGGAUUUACUGGUUACUGCUGGUAUCAAAAUGCUUUUAAAAAGAGCCAAGGCAAUAUUUGAUCCAAACGAUGGCAGCAUGUUCUACCUUGCGGCACUUGAAAAAAAGAAGAACCCAGACGACCCGAGACCUGAAUUCCCAAAGAACCAAACGGAGCUUAUCAGUGAUCUUAAUUACUGUACAGACAGCUUGCGUCGGCUAGUUUAUGAAACAAUAGCUCAUACUCGGGCCCUACGACUAUAUCAUGCUGUACGAUGCUUCCAAGAUCCUCCUCCAAGCUCAAAGUUCAUUUGCUAUAGCUGCAGUUCAGAGAGGGAAGAUCCUCGGUCACUCUCUAUUUUAGGAGAAUGCGGUCAUAGUACAUGCGAAUCAUGUAUUGAGCGUUGCCAGCUUCAUGAAAGAUGCUUACUAGAGGGAUGCAGCGGAACAGUCCAUGAAUAUCGGAUCAUCAAGUGGACUGACUUGUGCCACUCCGAGCGGCAUACACCAACAGACAAGUUGGCAAAAUAUGGCAGCUCAAAAUUCACAGCAGUUAUCGAUUUGCUUGAAGAUACAGAGAAAGUCCCUGCGGAUGAUCAAGUUUUGCUCUUCAUUCAAUUCCCUGAAUUGAUGGAUGCAGCAUCAAAGGCACUGCAGUCUGUAAGCAUACCGCACACCGUUAUUCAACCUGGAGACCGAACUCCAACCAGCAAAAUAUCCGAAUUUCAGAACGGCAAGGAGUCAGUCAAAAGCAAAGUUUUGAUAUUGAAUCUUGGAGACGUUACUGCAUCAGGGCUGAACCUACAAAAUGCAAAUCACAUCAUAUUUUUUGGCCCCUUGGUUUCCCGAUCACAGUAUGACUAUGACUCCGGGAUGGCACAAGCAAUCGGACGCUCACGACGAUAUGGUCAACUCAAACAUGUUCAUAUUUACCAUGUUUUAGCCCUGAGAACAGUUGAAGUAAAUAUUUUUGAGCAGCGCAGGAAGCAGUAUCUUGCAAAAAGGGGAGAUCAUUUUAUUACAGUCCAGAAGAGCGAGAUCAAAGAAACGGAUGAGGUUGACUGGAAAGGAUUCCCGUUGGAAGGGUCAAACGCAGAGAGCUAUCAGGAUGAUUUUGACGAUAAGUAG